AUGGGUGCCGUCUUCGAAACCAUAAGUUUAACCCUCUGGGACGUGACUGUAGCCAUUCGCCGUUUUCGUCAAUCUCACAUUCCAGUACCAGAUGGCAUCCCAGUCAACCUUCUAAAAGCUAAAUCGAACGAUAUUUUUCUGUCUUUUCUGCGUAAGAUAUACAAUCUUGCUCUUGAAAGCGAAACCUUUCCUAUGCCUGAGGAACUGGAACUGGAACUCGAACGUUCUCAUUCAUUCACCAAUCAGUGCACUACCCGCCGCCUCGAAGAAAAGAUGAUGCGUCAUUUGGCAGAGAACAACCUACUUAAUGCAGCUGAGCAUGGGUUCCUCGAAAAAAUGAUCGUGUUGACAAUAAUCUCCUCCUUCGAGAACUUGCCUCUUUCGGCAUAG